AUGGCGGCGUCGAGCUGUAAAAGUGUGGCCCCGUUGCGGCAGAGUGAUUUUAGCAUCGAACAUAUCCUUACGCGGGCGGGUGAACGGUUCGAGAGGCGACGUCGAUCCGAGGAGGAACAGUGUCGAAGUUGCUACACCAGUAGCCCCGGAAGUGAGGCGAACAGUGAUCUGGAGGUGGAAGACGCCGAACGGUCCAGAUCGGUGGCACGAAUCGAGCUUGACGACGGGCUGGAUGUGGGACAUCCGGCAAAGCACGCGACGGUGGAACGACGAUUUGUUCCGACGGGUUCGGGAUGUGGUGCACCGGCGUUCGAUUGGCUUUACUACACACGCUACCAUCCGCCGAAACUUCCGAGACCUGCCAAGGCCGGGCCUGUGAAACGUACUCCCGGCCGGUUACCGCGCGUCCCAUUUACGCCAGCCCAGCUCAGUGCACUCGAGGACGCGUACAAAGUGUCCACCUAUCUCAGCUCGGAAGAAGCCAACCAGCUCGCCUACAGUCUAGAUCUCACGAACACGCGCGUUAAAAUUUGGUUCCAGAACCGACGGGCGCGGGAUCGAAGAGAAAAGCGUGAGGCUCAACUGAUCGGCGCUGGUGCGGAUCCACUCGGACCGAUUCCGCUCUACACCGGUGGAAAUUCGACGGGAGUGCCGAUCGCGUCUCGUCUCCGCAGUCAUCCUUCGUCGCCGUCCAGCACGGAAGGGGGUGGAAGUCGGCAAAGCAGGAGUCCUACCACGGAUCGAAACUAUUAA